UUUACUCUCAAGGCCCAUCUUACCAUCGUGACUGGGGAUAUGCCAGCUAUUGCCAAGAUGAUGCAAUUCAAAGGCGCGAAUGGGCGAAGUCCCUGCCGUCUUUGCCGAAUUCAAGCGGAUCAGACGGCUGCGAGUAGACACAUGUACUUUCCCCUCAAAGAGCGCCAAUUUGUCAAAGCACGAUUCGCAACUAUCGACCACUCACGCCAAAUUGCAUUGAGGCGCGAUGUACGCAAGGAAAUUGAUCUUGUCAACUCCGCACGCGAUGAUCAGACUGAGAAGGACCAUGGUAUCAAGGGCAGAUCUGUUUUUCUCGCUUUACCAACAGUACAUUUCUCUGACUCCUUUGGCUUGGAUGUGAUGCAUCUUUUCUCCAAUCAAGCCAGACACAUGUGGUCUCUUUGGUUGAAAUCAGAACUGUUGUCAAGGUCAGACGCUGAGCAGAUCGGCAGAGAGAUGGCCAAUGCAGGCUCUUCAGUGCCUGUGGCGGUUGCUCGCAAGCCGCGAGAUAUUUCUGCCCACUUUCGGAGUUUCAAAGCAUCCCAAUGGUAUGAUUUCAUUCUGAUAUGGAGUCCCAUUCUCCUGAACGGCAGACUACCACAAUUUCUUCUUGAUGGCUGGCUUGUUUUUGUUGAAGCUGUGCGCCGGUCUCUCAAAGUUCGGCUCCAACAGUCGCAGAUUGAUGAAAUUGAAGAGCUCUUUCGCCAAUAUGUGGAGCAUGUCGAGGUAGAGUACCUC